AUGCUCCUUGGCCAACUGAUCUUGAACCAACUCAGCAUCAACCUUGGUUUUGGAAAGCAUGCACUCGACAUUGACUUCAGCCACUUCGAACGUAUCACGUAUUAUGGUGCAUCUGCGCUCACCUUUUCCAUCACGGGCAUCAUUCUCAGCAAGAUCUCGUUCGGGCUCACUUUACUUCGGUUGACGGACGGAUGGCUCAAGGUCUACGUUUGGUUCGCCAUCGCUUCCCUUGCCAUAUUCGCAAUACCAGUUGCUGUCCUCCCCUGGGUACUGUGCAAGCCAAUAACGAAGACUUUUGUUGAUAUCCUUCCUGGCACAUGUAUCGACAAGGAACCUUCCGUGAUAUACGGAAGAUUCCAGGCUAUAUGGGCUGCCAUCAUGGAUAUUUCUCUAGCAUUGUUGCCUUGGAAGGUCCUCUGGAAUCUACAGAUGCGCACCGCGGAGAAGAUCGGAGUUGGUGUUGCCAUGAGUCUGGGUAUCUUAGCGGGAGUCACAUCUAUUCUCCGAGCCAGAUACGUCGAACAGCUCCAAACCCAGGAUCUUUCCUACCAAGCGUAUAACUCUGUCAUUUGGUCAACAGCAGACACUGCCAUGACGGUCGUUGCCACGUCCAUUCCGGUACUCCGUGUCUUCUUCAAGCAAGCAGUCAACACGGCCAUCUCACAUUACCACAACUCGACAAAUCGAAGCAACAAAUCGAAAUCUACUGGUACUGGAAGCACUCCUUCCAACCCUUCGAACAACGCAAGCACACUUGCGAAUCACAGUGCACGACGAUUGAACAAGAACACAUCACGUACACUAGACAACACGAGCACAGAUUCAUUAUUCAAAGACGACGACCUGGAGCGUGGCCCCAAGGAGGGUUACAUUGAGUUGGACGAUCUCAUUGUUGACGAGAAGACUGGAAGGGUUUCGGCUGCAACACCCGAGUCAUUGCCAGAGUCCAUGUCACGGGCGCACCUACACGGUGACGAUUGGCCCUUGGCAGACCAUAUUCAGACGCACAUAGAAGACAUACGGAGGUUGUGA